CUUACAAACAACUCUUGAGGCUUCGUAAAAUAUCGUUGAGUCGUUUAUUCGUUUCCUCGUAGGAAUUGACGGUUCCGUCAUGGAAGGUCUAGCACUAGGAGACGACCCACUUAGCGACUUCGAUUGUGACGCCUUUCUCGAACAAUUACCAGAUCCUCACGUUGACGAUAUCUUCCAUGAGAAGGAGGUUCCUUCUGCCUUAGCAGGUGGCGGUGUUUUAUCAGAGAUCGAGAACUUGUUGAUGGCCGAUGAUGAAGACGACUGUGCUGUCAUUCCCGCUACUCCGUCGUUGGAAUCUGACUACGACAAGCUUCUUGCUGAAAUACUCGUCGAGCCGCACGGUGACUCCGACGACGGUUCCACUCCUUCUAUCGAAGAUCCCCACAAGGACAGGGCUGAUGCAGCGGGCCCCAAGGAGGUUGGCAUUGAACCCGUUUCGAAGAAGCUAUUAAGAGAUGCUGCUGCGAGAUCAAGAGAGAGGAAGACGAAGUAUGUAAAGGACCUUGAGAUGAAAAGUAGGUAUUAUGAAGGGGAAUGCCGUAGACUGGGGCAUUUGCUCCAGUGCUGCUAUGCUGAGAACCAUGCUUUGCGUCUUUGCUUACAGGCACGAGGUGCAUUGAAUGCUUCCAUGACCAAGCAGGAGUCUGCUGUGCUCUUGUUGGAAUCCCUGCUGUUGGGUUCCCUGCUGUUGUUCAUGGGUGUCAUGUGCCAAUUCAGUCUACGACUGACAGCCUGGUUAACGGUACUACUUCCAAGAGAAAACAAGGAGCAGAGAAACGCAAGAAGGGUAGCUCGAAAAGGACCCGAAAGUGAUAUAUCUGAGUGUUUCUGGGUGCAAUCCUCUACAAAGAGUAGAAGUUGUCGGGCUUCAAGGAGAAAGAUGAAAUUCUUUAUUUCUUCUCUGUCGUUAUUUUAUUCUAGUAUAUAUAGGAAAAUAUCCAACUACGUAGUUGUGCUUACUUUGGGCAUUUAUGUCAUAUCCCGCUCUGUUGAAGUGACUCCCUUCUUGAAAUACCCUCAUCUCGUCGAAUGCUCAGAGAUUCACCAUGUUGGUUGUGUUGCUCUUGUUCCUGCUUCAUUAGUUGCAUAUACAACUCCCUUUGGUAAUCCAUCAUUCAGGACUGAAAUUCCUUCUGUUGAUCCAUCAUUUGCAUUUGAAGGUGGAAAAAAAGAAGAAAUAAACAGAGGAAGAAGCAGAGGAAGUAACGUUGGUGGCCAAAGUUCGCUCACCAACGUUACCUCAAACGUUGGAGGAGAAGGGGUAUGCAACGUUGGUGGCCAACGUUGGUCCACCAACGUUGCUGGCAAUAUUAUUGUAAAUUUGGGUGCCAACGUUGGAGGGAACAUUGGUUUGGAGGGAACAUUGAUGAACCAACGUUACCUCCAACGUCUUCAAUAA